GACCGUGCGUUCCCGACACGCCCCGCGACGGCCGCCAACCUCCGGAUUUGAAUCGAGUCAGCGCUCGGCGGUUGCGGUGUCGGGAUGGGCGCUUCGUCGUUGCCCCCGGCCUGGCAGCUCUACCUCAAGGACCACCGCAUCUCUACGUUCAAGAACUGGCCGUUCUUGGAGGGCUGCGCCUGCACCCCGGAGCGGAUGGCCGAGGCCGGCUUCAUCCACUGUCCCACUGAGAACGAGCCCGAUUUGGCUCAGUGUUUCUUCUGCUUCAAGGAGCUGGAAGGCUGGGAGCCAGACGAUGACCCCAUAGAGGAACAUAAGAAGCAUUCAUCUGGUUGUGCCUUUCUUUCUGUCAAGAAGCAGUUUGAAGAAUUGACCCUCAGUGAAUUUUUGAAACUGGACAAAGAGAGAGCCAAGAACAAAAUUGCAAAGGAAACCAACCAUAAACAGAAAGAAUUUGAAGAGACUGCAAAGAGAGUGCGCUGUGCCAUUGAGCAGCUGGCCGCCCUGGAGUGACCCCCGGCCACCACGCUGGGCCCGGAGCGGAGCGCGGCUGCCCACGCACGCGCCCCGGAGUGACCGGCUCUUCCGGGGCCCUUUAACCGCGCCUUAGGAAAGGACGUCCACGUUUUGAAAUUAGAAUAUUUAAGCUAAGCUUUUGUUUUUUUCUUGCAAGUGGUGCCGGGGGCUCCUCUUUGGGCAGCCGGUGCUGCUGAGCUCAGUAACUGAGUCUCUCUCUCUCUCUUUUUUCUUCGGUAGUUUCUGGGCCAUUGGUUCCUGGACUUUCCAGGGUGACCGGGUGAGAAGAGUGUUCUCGUGGGCAGAGCCCUUUCACAGGGAAACAUCUGGGCUUCAGGUUGACUAGCUGUGGAGCCUGAGAUUUGAUGCCUGAAUGCUACUGUGGGUCUGUUGUGACUGGACAAACAGAGAGCGAAGGAGACCAUUUUAGAUGU